GCCAACUCGAUAGUGUAUAAGUACUCGCCCUUGGAGCCUCCAGGGAAACGCGAAGUGGGCUACGAGCUGGAGCUAGAGAGAUCAGAGAGGGUCCCUGCUCUUAGCCUGGGACUGCGGAGCUCCCGUUUCUACCAGUACUUCAGGAUCUAGUCCAGCGGAAUCCCUGUCGGGCCCUAACUCGGAUGCCAGGUUUCUGUAUACAGAGCCUUCAGGACUAAUUUUGGUGGAAAGAGAUAACAGGUGGUGCUAAUUCACUGUGUUGGUGGCAACUCUGGCUACACUGAAAAGUUUGAGAAAGUUAUCCUGUAAACCUACUAGAAUCAGGUGCUUUUAUUUCUGAAGUUCUUUGUUUCAGCUGUGAGUUCAACAUGGAGGCAAACCAGUGCUCCCUGCUAGUGGAACCAUCUUACCCAGACCUGGUCAUUAAUGUAGGAGAAGUGACUCUUGGAGAAGAAAACAGAAAAAAGCUGCAGAAAAUUCAGAGAGGCCAAGAGAAGGAGAGAGUUCUCCGGGCUGCCUGUGCUUUAUUAAACUCAGGGGGAGGAGUGAUUCGGAUGGCCAAGAAGGAUGAGCAUCCCGUGGAGAUGGGGCUGGAUUUAGAAACAUCUUUGAGAGACCUUAUUCAGUCCUCAGAUUUGCAGGCUUUUUUUGAGACCAAGCAAGAAGGAAAUUGUUUUUACAUUUUUGUUAAAUCUUGGAGCAGUGACCCUUUCCCUGAAGAUGGCUCUGUCAAGCCCCGCCUUUGCAGCCUCACUUCUUCAUUAUACUGUAGAUCUGAAACCUCUGUGCUUGCCAUGGAUUCAAGAGAAGCAUUCUAUUUCCUCAAGACCAAGAAAAAGAAUGCAAAAAUCUUGGAAGAAGGACCUUGUCACAAAGUUCACAAGGUUAUACACCAAGAGCUCCCUAACACGGAUCCUGCUGAUGCAGUUUUCCAAAAAGACUAUCUUGAAUAUGGUGAAAUCCUGCCUUUUCCUGAGUCUCAAUUAGUAGAGUUUAAACAGUUCUCUACAAAACACAUCCAAGAAUAUGUAAAAAACCUAAUUCCAGAAUACAUCCCUGCAUUUGCAAACACCAGGGGAGGAUAUCUUUUUAUUGGAGUGGAUGAGAGUAGGAAAGUCCUGGGAUGUGCAAAAGAAAAUGUUGACCCUCUCUCUUUGAGAUGGAAAAUAGAAAAUGCAAUAUGCAAAUUACCUUGUGUGCAUUUUUGCACACAACCCCAAUGCCGGAUAACCUUCACACUCAAAAUUGUGGAUGUGUUAGCUCAGGGAAAGCUAUAUGGCUAUGCUUGUAUGAUCAGAGUAAAGCCAUUCUGCUGUGCUGUGUUCUCAGAAGCUCCCAAGUCAUGGAUAGUGAAGGAUAAGCAUGUCUGCAGCCUGACAACCGAGAAAUGGGUAGGGAUGAUGACAGACACAGAUCCAGAUCUUGUACAGUUGCCCAAAGAUUUUGAAUCUCAGCUGAGUCUAUCUGGUGGGCCUCCCCUUAGCAGACCAGUGUACUCCAAGAAAGGCCUGGAACAUAAAAAGGAACUCCAGCAACUCUUAUUUUCAGUCCCACUAGGACAUUUGCAAUAUACUCCAGAGUCCCUCUGGAAGGACCUGACCUCACAGCAUGAAGGAUUAGAGGAAUUAAUAAAUGAGCAAAUGCAACCUUUCUUUCGAGGAAUAUUGAUCUUCUCUAGAAGCUGGGCCAUGGACCUGAACUUGCAGGAGAAGCCAGGAGUCAUCUGUGAUGCUCUGCUGAUAGCACAGAACAGCACCCCCAUUCUCUACACCAUUCUCAGGGAGCAGGAUGCAGAGGGCCAGGACUACUGCACUCACACCGCCUUUACUUUGAAGCAGAACCUGGUGAACGUGGGGGGCUACACCGGGAAGGUGUGUGUCAGGGCCAAGGUCCUCUGUCUGAGUCCUGAGAGCAGCACAGAGGCCUUGGAGGCUGCAGUGUCUCCGAUGCAUUACCCACUGUCCUAUCGCCUUGCAGGCACCCAGCACAUGGAAGCCCUGCUGCAGUCCCUGGUGAUUGUCUUGCUCGGCUUCAGGUCUCUCUUGAGUGACCAGCUCGGCUGUGAGGUUUUAAAUCUGCUCACAGCCCAGCAGUAUGAGAUCUUCUCCAAAAGCCUCCGCAAGAACAGGGAAUUGUUUGUCCACGGUUUACCUGGCUCAGGGAAGACCAUCAUGGCCAUGAAGAUCAUGGAGAAGAUCAGGAAUGUGUUUCACUGUGAGGAACAGAGAAUUCUUUAUGUUUGUGAGAACCAGCCUCUGAGGAACUUCAUCAGUAAUAGAAAAAUCUGCGAAGCAGUGACUCGGAAAACAUUCCUGAAAAAUCACUUUGAACACAUUCAACACAUCAUCAUUGACGAAGCUCAGAAUUUCCGCACUGAAGAUGGGGACUGGUAUGGGAAGGCAAAAACCAUCACGCAGAGAGCAAAGAAUGACCCAGGAAUUCUCUGGAUCUUUCUGGACUACUUUCAGACCAGCCACUUGGAUCACAGUGGCCUUCCCCCUCUCUCAGAACAGUAUCCAAGGGAAGAGCUGACCAGAAUAGUUCGCAAUGCAGAUCCAAUAGCCAAGUACUUACAAAAAGAAAUGCAAAUAAUUAGAAAUAAUCCUUCAUUUAACAUCCCUCCUGGGUCCCUUGAGGUACUUCUUGAAGCUGAAUGGUCCCAGGGUGUUCAGGGAAACUUAAAAAUUAAGAAACACUUUACUGUAGAGCAAAUAGUGACCUAUGUGGCAAACAAAUGCAAGCGCUUCUUUGAAAGGGGCUAUUCUCCUAAGGAUGUUGCUGUGCUUGUCAGCACCGCAAGAGAAGUGGAGCGCUAUAAGUACGAACUUUUGAAAGCACUGAGGAAGAAAAGGGCUGUGCAGCUCAGUGAUGCAUGUGACAUAUUGAGUGAUCACAUCAUGUUGGACAGUGUCCGGCGAUUCUCAGGCCUGGAAAGGAACAUAGUGUUUGGGAUUCAUCCAAGGACAGCUGACUCACUUAUCUUACACAAUAUUCUGGUCUGUCUGGCUUCCAGGGCAAAACAACACCUAUAUAUUUUUCUGUGUGGAGACUGUUAAGAAGAACUCCAAAUCAAAAUGAGACGAGGCAAUUGCCAUGUAAUGUCUGUGGGUGACAAUCCACUAAUGACUGAAACGUUUUCUUUUUAGUUCACAAGUCAGCUAGAGACUUGGGUGAAGCUGACAUACAGAGUUUGGAACUCCCUCAUCUCAGACACUUCUUUCAGGGCUUCCUUCUUCAACUAUUUCCAGCAGCUAUGGUUGACCCCCUUUCUGUCCCCUGACUCUUCCAGCCAGAAAAACAGUGGUUUUCUAAAGGAACUUAAGCUAUCCUGCACAGCGUGGACCUAUGUCUUGCACUCUGGGUAAAAGCUAUAGAAACAAGAAACUGAUCCUGUGGCCUGUCUUCUUCCAAGGCUGGACUUCUUUUUUUAAGUGACUUCAUGUGGGUUGUUGCUUAAAAAAUUUUUCAGAAUUGUUUUCUGCUGCAUGGUCUGCUAGGCGCUUACUGGCCAUAGCAGAAGUUAUUGUUUCCUGAAUUUGUGACACUUGUCUUUGCUGCAUUCAUUUAAGGCUUGGGAGAUUCCCAAGAUAAUUCAAUCACUGUCAGAUGAUAAUUGUGUCAGACCAAAGAAUACUGUUAUGAUUAUUUAAUCCUUUAAAAUUGUGAUCUCCAGAGCUUGUUCUCAGAAUGGCCCAGGCCGAGCCUUAAUUGUGAACAUUAAUGAUCACUUUAAAGAGAAAUUAUAGGCCAAGAUGAAAUGAACAUAAACCUGUUUGCCCUGGCUUUCAGUGGAAGAUAAUAUUAGAGACCAAAAUCUGAUUCUAAAGGUGUGUAUCAGCCCUAAGGUGAACCGAACUUGGGGAAGAUUGUCUUUAGAAAUCAACGAGUUCAUGUUUUAACUUCUCAGCUUGGUUCUAUGCAUUGCUCUGUAACACACCUAGUUAAGUUUUAUGUCAUUCUUGAACUGUGAUUUUUUUCUAUUUGCUUUCAUAGUUUGGUAAGCCAUUGUUAUGGACUGAAUGUUUAUGUCCCACCCUCACCCCUACAUUCCCAUCUUGAAGCCCCAACCUGCAGUGUGGAACUGGGCUGCUAAGGAAGUUAUUAAGGUUACAUGAAGUCAUGGUGGGUCUCUGAUCUGCUAAGAUUGGUGUUCUUAUAGGGAGAGACCCCAGAGAGCUUGUUCCCUCCCUCCCUGUGUACGCAAACAAGAGGGCAUAGGAGAACACAGAGAAAUGGCAGCCACCUACAAGCCAAGAGAAGAAGCCUCACAAUGAAAGCCCCACUGCUGGUACCUCUGUCUUGGAAUUCCAGCCUCCAGACUGUGAGAAACAAAUUUCUGUUCUUUCAGCCUGUCAGUCUCUGGUGUUUUGUUAUUGCAGCCUGAGAACACAGCUGUAUGAUUAUUUGUCAGACAAAAAAACACUGAUACUUAACAAUGCUAAUGCAAUUACUUAUGUGCUUUUCAGUCUCUAAAAAACAUUCUAAAACACGAAUCUAAAUACUAACAAAAUAUUUGCACAACUAAUGGAAAUUAAGAGACUAUAUGCCCAGGAGAGAGAUCCAAGAUGGCCGUCUAGCAGCAGCUCAGGGUUGCAGCUCCCAGUGAAGGUGCAGGGAGAGAGUGGACGCCAGACUUCCAGACGAAUUUUUGUUGCUUAUGGACCAGGAGAUUCCCAGCAGAGGAGCCCCACUGGUCUCCAGUGCGACUCUUUUAGCUGGCGCAUCUGUUUUGCCAAUGCGGCAGUUCUCAGUGCAGAGUAUGUCAGACUGGGUGCCCUUUUAGUUCGUGUUUGGAGCUCCGAGAAGGCAGAGUCACCCAUUCAGCUGAUUGGGAGGGCGACUAAAGCUGGGAGCCAGACCAGGAGAUUCCUGGGCAGAAAAGCGCCACGAAUCUCAGCACCACUGUUUCAGCUGGUGCGGUUGCCGCACGGGAAAUUGCAUAGAUCCCAGCACCUUUUCGGUGGGUGACUGGGGCACCUGGGAGAGAAUCGACUGUUCAAUUAGGAAAAGAAAAAAAGGGGGCUCAAAGGCGGGGAGCCAGGUGAUUGGGUUCGGCUGGUUCCACCCCCACAAAAAAACAGCAAUUGGAAACACUGAUGGUUGGGAGUUUCACAGCAAGCACAGCUGAACCCAGGAAGGUCCAGCUCUGUGGGGGAGGGGCAUCCACUGAAGGAAAACAAACAGAAAUAACAUCACCACCAACAAGCCGGACCUCCACUCAGAGACCCAAUCUGAAAGUCAGCAAUUACAAAGAUGACAGGUGGAUAAAUCCACAAAGAUGGGAAGAAACCAGUGCAAAACGGCUGAAAACAUCCAAAAUCAGAAUGCCUCUUCUCCUUCAGGGGAUCGCAGCUCCUCAUCAGCAAGGGAACAAAGCCUGAUGGAGAAUGAGUGUGAUGAAUUGUCAGAAUCAGGCUUCAGAAGGUGGAUAAUAAGAAACUUCUGUGAGCUAAAAGAACAUGUUCUAACCCAAUGCAAAGAAACUAAGAACCUUGAAAAAAGGUUUGAUGAAAUGCUAAUGAGAAUAGACAAUUUAGAGAGGAAUAUAAGUGAAUUAAUGGACCUGAAAAACACAACACGAGAACUUUGCGAAGUAUGCACAAGUUUCAACAGUCGAAUUGAUCAAGCAGAAGAAAGGAUAUCAGAGGUCAAAGACCAACUCAAUGAAAUAAAACGAGAAGACAAGAUUAGAGAAAAAAGGAUAAAAAGGAAUGAGCAAGUCUCCAAAAAAUAUGGGACUAUGUGAAAAGACCUAAUGUAUGAUAGGUGUACCUGAAUGUGAUGAAGAGAAUGAAUCCAAGCUGGAAAAUACUCUUCAGGAUAUUAUUCAGGAAAACUUUCCCAACCACCAAGGCAGGACAAUAUUCAACUCCAGGUAAUACAGAGAACACCACAAAGAUAUUCCUCAAGAAGAGUAACCCCAAGGCACAUAAUCAUCAGAUUCACCAGGGUUGAAAUGAAGGAGAAAAUGCUAAGGGCAGCCAGAGAGAAAGGUCAGGUUACCCACAAAGGGAAGCCUAUCAGACUCACAGCAGAUCUCUCAGCAGAAACCCUACAAGCUGGAAGAGAGUGGGGGCCAAUAUUCAACAUCCUUAAAGAAAAGAACUUUCAACCCAGAAUUUCAUAUCCAGCUAAACUAAGCUUCACAAGCGAAGGAAAAAUAAAAAUCUUUUGUGAACAAGCAAGUACUUAGAGAUUUCAUCACCACCAGGCCUGCUUUACAAGAGCUUCUGAAAGAAGCAGUACACAUAGAAAGGAACAACCAGUAUCAGCCUUUCCAAAAAUAUACCGAAAAGUAAAGAGCAUCAACAUAAUGAAGAAUUUACAUCAACUAAUGGGCAAAACAGCCAGCUAGCAUCAAAUGGCAGUUUUAUACUAACAUAUAUUAUAAUUAAUUCUAAAUUUAAAUUGACUAAAUUCCCCAGUCAAAAGACACAGACAGCUAAAUUGGAUAAAAAGCCAAAACCCCUCAGUAUGCUGCAUCCAGACCCAUCUCACAUGCAAGUUUACACAAAGACUCAAAACAAAGGGAUGGAGGAAGAUUUACCAACCAAAUGAAGAGCAACAAUAAAUAAAUAAAGAAAAAGCAGGAGUUGCAAUUCUUGCCUCUGAAAAAAUAGACUUUAAAGCAACAAAGAUCAAAAGAGACAAAGAAGGACAUUACAUCAUGGUAAAAGGAUCAAUGCAACAAAAAGAGCUAAUGAUCCUAAAUAUAUACACACCCAAUACAGGAGUACCCAGAUACAUAAGUUCUGAAUGACUUAUAAAGAGACUUAGACUCCCACACAAUAAUAGUGGGAGACUUUAACAUUACAUUGUCAACAUUAGACAGAUCAACGAGACAGAAAAUUAACACGGAUAUCCAGGACUUGAACUCAGACCUGGAACAAGUAAGCUUAAUAAACAUUUAUAGAACUCUCCACCCCAAAUGCACAAGACAUACAUUCUUAUCAGUACCACAUCAUACCUGCUCUAAAAGUGACUACAUAAUUGGAAGUAAAUCACUCCUCAGUAAUUGCAUAGCAUUUCACAGGUUUAAAUGAAAUAUUAGUUGGCUGCUUGUUUGUUAUUUUCCUCCCUUAUUCCUUCCUGUCUCCAUUUUUAAGCACAAUUAUUGGCAUAAAAGAGGUUUUCAAUACCCACUUUUAGACUGCAUUCUAGCCUGGGCAAUAAAGCAACACUCCCGUUCUCUCUCCCUCUUUCUUCCACUCUUUCAUUAUUUUUUUAUUCUUUUUUUCUUUUUCUUUUUUUCUCUCUUAAAAAAAAAGUCUAUAUGCCCAAUAUUUUACUUAUUAGUAAUCCUACUCUACUGAUUUUCCCCCAUGUUUUAAGUUUUGAACUUUUCCACCUUUCUCCUGUCUUUCUGUGUUUACUCAUGGAAUUCCAGUUAUCUAGCCUUGAAAUUGUAGGCUCUCCCAACUUAAUCGGAAUCUGACAGAUCAGCAAAAUAAGGAGAAAAAUGUUUCUGCUUUCUGACUGCAUUAAAUCAGAUACAACUCAGCAUUAAAAAGCUAUCUUUGUAAAUGUUGUUCCUAAUAAGUGAGUCUUAUAAGAUCCCUGGUCUUUGGAUUUGUUGCAAUGUCUUUGAGAGUAAUUCUUUAAAAGCCUAUUUGACUGGUUGUAUCUCUUUAUGAUUUAUUGCCCUACUAAUAAUGUUUGCAACAAUAUUUUAAAAUGGAUACUUAUGAACUUUUGUUUAGACCAAAGAGGAUUGCUGAUAUUUAUUUCUGUUUCCAUAUGAAUGGUGAAAGGUUUAGCUUCCAGAUCUACUUACUGCAUUUUGGUUUUAAAUAAAAAAUUGAGAGUU